UGGCGGUGGUGGCGGUGCCUGGUGGCACCGGUGGUGGCACCGGUGGUGGCACCGGGGGAGCAGCCGGGGGACAUCGCGCUGGGUGCCAGGGUCCCGUGUGUCCCCUCCCCAGGCGGUGGCGGGGACAGGAGGGGACACGGAGCGCCCACGAGGGGUCCCUGGGGGUCACCAGGGGGUGUUUCCCACUCAUCCCAGUCCAAACUGGGAGCGACUGGGACGUGCUGGCUGCGCUGGAAGCGACAUCCCGGGGGACACCGUGGCCUCGCGGUGCCACCGGGAAGGGAUGGCUGCAGGUGCCCCGCGGGGGAAACUGAGGCACGGCACCGCUGGCCCCGUGCCCGGGGGUCGCUGUGUCACUCCAGGGGUGGCCUGGAAGCGCCAGGACACCCUCGGGGGUCUCACGGCCCCCAGGAGCGGGGACAUCCCCGCGUGGUCCCCGCCGUGUCCCCCGGUACGGCGACAACGCCACCUCACCCUCGUCCCUGGCGUCGCGACGCCGCUGCCAGCCCGUGCCAGGCGCGUCACCUUCGAGGACGAGGUGGUGACAGCGCGGGGGAGGGCGCAGGAGAAGCCGGGGGACAGCGCUGUGUCCCCAAAAGUGUCACCGCGGCCGGGCGCUGUGUCCCCAGAAGUGUCACCGUCGCCAGGCGCCGUCGCGGACUACGUGGCGAGGUACCCCGCGAUCCGGAGCCCCCGGCAGCGGGCCGGGUACCUGGGGGUGUUCCAGGACCAGCGCCAGGAAUUCCGGGAUCUGCUCCGGGAGCUCCGUGACACUCGGCACCCUCCGGGCAGCACGGAUCCAUCCCGGCUGCAGAAGCAGCGGCGCUGUGAGUACCUCAAGGAGAAGCUGUCGCACCUCAAGGCGCGGAUCCGCGACUACGACCGCGCCAGCCCCGCUGCCUCCUGAGCCGGCGACAACCGGCGACAACCGGCGACAACCGGCGACAACCCCGGGCCACCCCGAGGGCUGGGCAGGGGGUGGCGGUGUCAUUGCACCCCCCGGUUUGGGGCUUUUUGGGGAGCCUCGGGGGGGUGCCGACCCCCUUUUUGUACCCCUGGAUGUGUCGCUCGUCCCCCGUGGGAAUUGGGGACCCCCCCCUCGUGAAGGGGGGGAAGGUUUUAAUUUAAUAAUUAGGACU